ACACAAAGUAUGACCAAAAGAUGUAUUCAGUGAAUAUAAGAAGAGUAUAAUAGAGAACAAAGUGCCCUUUUCAAUUACAACCAAUUUUGAAAAUUCUCUAGUAUAAAACAGUAACAUCAUGCCUGCCAUCACUGACGAAAUCUAUAUCCUGAGUCGGGAUCAAACAGAAUCUGCAAGGCUCGAAGAACAACAUGCUUUUUUCGUCGAGGUGACAGGGGGAAAGCCCAUUCACCCUUCAAUUGAGCAAGGUAACCUCUUCGCUGUUGCAGAUAUUGCAACUGGAACUGGUGCCUGGCUGCGAGAUGUGUCUCAACUACUCUCCACGAUCCCGGAUGAUCCUCAGCGCUAUUACCAUGGAUUUGAUAUUUCUUCGGCCCAGUUUCCCAGCACACCAUUUCAAUCCAACAUGGAAUUUUCGGUGCAUGACAUUUUGCAACCAUUUCCUCAAGAGCACAUGGGCCGAUAUGACCUCGUGAAUGUACGCUUCCUGCUUGGUGCCAUCAAAGAAGCAGAUUACUUUACAGCAAUUAACAAUGCCGCCACCCUUCUCAAACCAAACGGAUAUUUGCAGUGGGCUGAGCUUGACACGGAUCUUUUCUCUCAAAAUAAACCCAGAGAGUUCCCGCGCUUUAGCGAAAUCAUCCGAUUGGUUUUUGCUCUAAAUCAAAAUGGGAUGUGCAGUCAUGCCUCCGACGCCGUCUAUUAUGCGGCCCUUUUCUCUUCGUGUCUGACGUGUGUCACUAAGCAUGUUUACAGCUCCUUGGAUAAUGCAAAGCUGAAUGAAAAAGCCCGUGCUUGGUGUCUCAAUGGCUUUAGUGCCCUUCUGCCUGGCGGUCUAGUCCGAUCAAAGACGUUGGCAGCGACCAGUAGUCCGGAAGAGGUCCAAGAUCUGACAAAACGGCUGCUUCAGGAGGUAAAGGAGUUAUUUGGACGUGGAGUAGUGCCAGAUGGACGUUUCGGAGUUGUCGUGGCCCAAAAAAGGCCGGCAUGAUUG